CGUACAAGGAAAGACGAGGUGGUAGACAGGCCGCUUACCAUUCAGCGUCGCAACAUGGCAGACCAGGACAGUGAACGCAAGAUGGACGACACCGCAGCUGUCAGCGUAGCCGAAGUGGCUCUCGCAGAGGUGGUCUCAGGCGGAGCACAGGCAGGACAGGAGGACCACCAUGGACAUCCACCACCACCCAUUGGCCAAGACGAUGGUAUCAGCUUGCCAGCUCCAACAGCAGCCGCAACAUCACCACCCCCCGCACCUCCAGCACCAGCAGCAGCACCAGCAGGCCCAGAAUCAGGCGCUUCUCCUCAGCCAAUCGCCUCCUCCUCUCGUCUCUCCCCAUCCUCGCCGCCAGCUGCUACUACUACUGCCACUGCUGGUCAGAAGAGGCAGAGGAGAUCCGCCGCCGAUGGAGAUGCUGCUGCUGCUGGAAGAGGAAAGAGAAUGUUUGGACUGCUCAAUGCGACUUUGGGAAAGGCAAAGAAGGAGGCAGAAGAUCGAGUGGGAUUGGCAAAGCGCCGAGCGGAAAUCGUCUCUCGUCAGCAAGAGCGUCUGGAGCAACAGCGCUCCGAGCUCCUCCACGAGGAGAACCUCAAGAAGACCCUUCGAAGGGAGUACGAACGCGAGUACAAGCUCCUAGAGGCUAUUCUUGGUGGGGAUGCAGCUUUCAAGAGUAUGAGGGCGCAGAAGAGACGGUUGGCCAGCUUCCUCGUCACCUCUUCCCCGGCGGCGACGGCAAGGUCUCGUGGCUCUAAAGCCGACACGUCGUACACCGCUCCAGCUCCACGAGUCCCCUCCUCCCUCCCUCCCUCAACAACAAGCUACCCAGUCUAUUUCCUCCCACACAAGCUCACGCUCGAGCAAGAAGACCUACUGGACGAUCAAGAGGACGAAGUGGACGCGGUCAUCGAUGAGGCGGAGAAGGCCUGGGAGGAGAGGAAGCGGGAGCUGAGUGAGCAACUGGAGGAGGUUAGAAGGGGAGUGGAGGAGAUUAAGAGGAAAGAAGAAGAGGAGGGGGGGUCUGGGGUGGGAAAGGAGCGGGGAAUGGGGGAGGGGACACAGGGGAGUGGACGGAGGCGUGCUAGUCGCUCUGCAGGGCACUCGCCCGCUCAGGAGAGACGGAGUCGUGUCGAGAGUCCUCAGGACACGAUGAUGCAAGUCUAG